GUCGGUGUCUGCGCUCUGGUGUCUGAGGCCCAGGCUGAGGCCUCCGCGAUUGCCGGAGCGCAGGGGUGGACAGGAUGACUGCCGCUACUAUUCUCCCCUGAGGGAGAGAGCUGCCGCCAUCCGCCCCUUUCCCCCCGCUAGGGCGGAGAGGAGCGGCCGGAGUUUGAACGAUGGGGCCCGGCGAGGAGAACCAACUGGUCCCGAAAGAGGCUCCACUAGAUCAUACCAGUGACAGGUCUCUCCUUGAUGCUGGUUUUGAGCCAGGAAAGAAGAACUUUCUGCAUUUGACAGAUAAAGAUGGUGAACAGCCUCAAAUACUGUUGGAGGAUUCCAGUGCUGUGGAUGACAACGUUCAUGACAGGUUUAUAGGUCCUCUUCCAAGAGAAGGUUCUGUGGGUUCUACCAGUGAUUACGUCAGCCAAAGCUACUCGUAUUCAUCUAUUUUGAAUAAAUCGGAAACUGGCUAUGUUGGCUUAGUAAAUCAAGCAAUGACUUGCUAUUUGAAUAGCCUUUUGCAAACACUUUUUAUGACUCCUGAAUUUAGGAAUGCAUUAUAUAAGUGGGAAUUUGAAGAUUCUGAAGAAGAUCCAGUGACGAGUAUUCCAUACCAACUUCAAAGACUUUUUGUUUUGUUACAAACCAGCAAAAAGAGAGCAAUUGAAACCACAGAUGUUACAAGAAGCUUUGGAUGGGAUAGUAGUGAGGCUUGGCAACAGCAUGAUGUUCAAGAACUGUGCAGAGUUAUGUUUGAUGCUUUGGAACAGAAAUGGAAACAAACAGAACAGGCUGAUCUUAUAAAUGAACUAUAUCAAGGCAAGUUGAAGGACUACGUGAGAUGUCUGGAAUGUGGUUAUGAGGGAUGGAGAAUCGACACAUAUCUUGAUAUUCCGUUGGUCAUCCGACCUUAUGGGUCCAGCCAAGCAUUUGCUAGUGUGGAAGAAGCAUUGCAUGCAUUUAUUCAGCCGGAGAUAUUGGAUGGUCCAAAUCAGUAUUUUUGUGAACGAUGUAAGAAGAAAUGUGAUGCACGAAAGGGGCUUCGAUUUUUGCAUUUUCCUUAUCUGCUGACCCUACAGUUGAAAAGGUUUGAUUUUGAUUAUACGACUAUGCAUAGGAUUAAAUUGAAUGAUCGGAUGACUUUUCCUGAGGAGCUAGAUAUGAGUACAUUUAUUGAUGUUGAAGAUGAGAAAUCUCCUCAGACUGAAAGUUGCACUGACAGUGGAGCAGAAAAUGAAGGCAGUUGUCACAGUGAUCAGAUGAGCAAUGACUUCUCCAAUGAUGAUGGUGUUGAUGAAGGAAUCUGCCUUGAGAGCAACAGUGGUACUGAAAAGAUUUCAAAACCUGGACUUGAAAAGAAUUCCCUGAUCUAUGAGCUCUUCUCUGUUAUGGUUCAUUCGGGGAGUGCAGCUGGUGGUCAUUAUUAUGCUUGUAUAAAGUCAUUCAGUGAUGAGCAGUGGUACAGCUUUAAUGAUCAACAUGUCAGCAGGAUAACACAAGAGGACAUUAAGAAGACACAUGGUGGAUCUUCAGGAAGCAGAGGAUAUUAUUCUAGUGCUUUUGCAAGCUCCACCAAUGCCUAUAUGCUGAUAUAUAGACUGAAGGAUCCAGCAAGAAAUGCAAAAUUUCUAGAAGUGGAUGAAUACCCAGAACAUAUUAAAAACUUGGUGCACAGAGAGAGAGAGUUGGAAGAACAAGAAAAAAGACAACGAGAAAUUGAGCGUAAUACGUGCAAGAUAAAAUUAUUCUGUUUGCAUCCUGUGAAACAAGUAAUGAUGGAAAAUAAAUUGGAGGUUCACAAGGAUAAGACCUUAAAAGAAGCAGUAGAAAUGGCUUAUAAGAUGAUGGAUUUAGAAGAGAUCUUACCCCUGGAUUGCUGUCGUCUUGUUAAAUAUGAUGAGUUUCAUGAUUAUCUUGAAAGAUCAUAUGAAGGGGAAGAAGAUACACCGAUGGGGCUUCUACUAGGUGGAGUGAAGUCAACAUACAUGUUUGAUCUGCUGUUGGAGACAAGAAAACCUGAUCAAGUUUUCCAGUCUUACAAACCUGGGGAAGUGAUGGUGAAAGUUCACGUUGUUGAUCUAAAGGCAGAAUCUGUAGCUGCUCCUAUAACUGUUCGAGCUUACUUAAAUCAGACAAUUACAGAAUUCAAGCAACUUAUUUCAAAGGCUAUCCAUUUACCUGCUGAAACAAUGAGAAUAGUGCUGGAACGCUGCUACAAUGAUUUACGUCUUCUCAGUGUGCCCAGUAAAACCCUGAAGACUGAAGGAUUUUUUAGAAGUAACAAGGUAUUUGUUGAAAGUUCCGAGACUUUGGAUUACCAGAUGGCCUUUACAGACUCUCAUUUAUGGAAACUUCUGGAUCGGCAUGCAAAUACAAUCAGAUUAUUUGUUUUGUUACCUGAACAAUCCCCAGGAACUUAUGCCAAAAGGACAGCAUACCAGAAAGCUGGGGGUGAUUCUGGUAAUGGAGAUGAUGAUUGUGAAAGAGUUAAAGAAGCUGUAGGAAGCCUAAAAUCUGUGGAAGCUAUUUUAGAAGAAAGCACUGAAAAACUCAAAAGCUUGUCAUUACAGCAGCAACAAGAUGGAGAUAAUGGGGACAGCAGCAAGAGUACUGAAACAAGUGACUUUGAAAACAUUGAAUCGCCUCUCAAUGAGAGAGACUCUUCAGCAUCAGUGGAUAAUAGAGAACUUGAACAGCAUAUUCAGACUUCUGACCCAGAAAAUUUCCAAUCUGAGGAACGAUCAGACUCUGAUGUGAAUAAUGAUAGGAGUACAAGUUCGGUUGACAGUGAUAUUCUUAGCUCCAGUCAUAGCAGUGAUACUUUGUGCAAUGCAGAUAAUGCUCAGAUCCCUUUGGCUAAUGGACUUGACUCUCAGAGUAUCACAAGUAGUAGAAGAACUAAAGCAAAUGAAGGGAAAAAAGAGACAUGGGAUACAGCAGAAGAAGACUCUGGAACUGAUAGUGAAUAUGAUGAGAGUGGCAAGAGUAGGGGAGAAACACAGUACAUGUAUUUCAAAGCAGAACCCUAUUCUGCAGAUGAAGGUUCUGGGGAAGGACAUAAAUGGUUGAUGGUGCAUGUUGAUAAAAGAAUUACCCUGGCUGCUUUCAAACAACAGUUAGAGCCUUUUGUUGGAGUUUUGUCCUCUCAUUUCAAGGUCUUUCGAGUCUAUGCCAGCAAUCAAGAAUUUGAGAGCGUCCGACUGAAUGAGACACUUUCAUCAUUUUCAGAUGACAAUAAGAUCACAAUUAGACUUGGGAGAGCACUUAAAAAAGGAGAAUACAGAGUUAAAGUAUACCAGCUUUUAGUUAAUGAACAAGAGCCUUGCAAGUUUCUGCUAGAUGCGGUGUUUGCUAAAGGAAUGACUGUACGGCAAUCAAAAGAGGAAUUAAUUCCUCAACUCAGGGAGCAAUGUGGUUUAGAGCUCAGUAUUGACAGGUUUCGUUUAAGGAAAAAAACAUGGAAGAAUCCUGGCACUGUCUUUUUGGAUUAUCAUAUUUAUGAAGAAGAUAUUAAUAUUUCCAGCAACUGGGAGGUUUUCCUUGAAGUCCUUGAUGGGGUAGAGAAGAUGAAGUCCAUGUCACAGCUUGCAGUUUUGUCAAGGCGAUGGAGACCUUCAGAGAUGAGGUUGGAUCCCUUCCAGGAAGUUGUGUUGGAAAGCAGUAGUGUUGAUGAAUUGCGAGAGAAGCUUAGUGAAAUCAGUGGGAUUCCUUUGGAAGACAUUGAAUUUGCCAAGGGCAGAGGAACUUUUCCCUGCGAUAUUUCUGUUCUUGAUAUUCACCAGGAUUUGGACUGGAAUCCUAAGGUUUCUACCCUGAAUGUCUGGCCUCUUUACAUCUGUGAUGAUGGGGCAGUCAUAUUUUAUAGGGAUAAAACAGAAGAAUUAAUGGAGUUGACAGAUGAGCAAAGAAAUGAACUGAUGAAAAAAGAAAGCAGUCGACUCCAGAAGACUGGACAUCGUGUAACGUACUCACCUCGUAAAGAGAAAGCACUAAAAAUAUAUCUGGAUGGAGCACCAAAUAAAGAUCUGGCUCAAGACUGACUCUGCUAGUGUAGCAUUUUCCCUGGGGGAUUGUUGGUUUUAAUUAGAGGGUUCACUACUACUGUGUAGUGCCAUUAUGGCCGGACAUGGUUGGGGUAACCCAGCGACACCAGCACUGAUUGGACUGCCCUUCACCAAUCAGAAGCUCAGUGCCCAGUGGGCCACUGUUUUGACUUGGAAUCAUGUUGUGCACUAUAUAGUCAAAUGUACUGUAAAGUGAAAAGGGAUGUGCAAAAAAAAAUUGAAAAAAAGCAAAACCUGCAACUUGCAAAGGGGGAAUGGGAAUGAGUAAACUUCUUUUAUCGUGGACAAACGUGCACCUAGCUGCUAGUUAAACUAGCCUCAAACAGGAUGCUCAUAGCUUAAUAAUAAAAGCUGUGCAAAGGCCAUGAAUGAAUGAAUUUUCUGUUUAUUUCACUGAUACACACAUUACCUCAUUGACAAUUCGUAAGUAAAUGCAACCAACGUGUGUUGACUUUUGGAAAGCAGCAAAAUUAGGAGCUGAAGAAAGAAAUUCUCAGAACCAGCGUAACCCAGUAAAGAAUUGUGAAGUUGUAUUUUUUAUUUUGUUUCAUUUUUUGCAGAGUAUUAAGAACAUUAUUCUGAAACAUCAAAUUGGUUCCCUUAGACCACUCCUAGCAGGUGGCAGCUCAUUUGCUGCAGUAUUGUAAUUAUAACUGAUUGUACUUAAGUUAUGGAUGUAGAGAAUACGUUUCACUCGUUCAUGCAGCAUGUAAAUAAAAUUGAUCAUAUUGAGUUAUC